AUGAAAGACAUAAAACUACUUUUAGAAAAGCUGCGCAUUAGCAGAGAACGAGAAUUCGAUCGGGAAGUAAAAAUUUUAUUAGAAUUAAAAAAAGAAAAUGAUAGAGGUGGUAAUUGCACAUGGAAAGAAAAAAAUAGGAUUUACAAGGACGAUGAAGAUAACUCAUUGGUAGAUGAGAAAUACAUGAAUAAUCAUAUUGAAUAUGUAAGGAAAACAUUUAAUAAUGUAAAAAGAAAAACAGUGUAUGAUAAUAGUUAUUAUAAAAAUAUAAUUAAUUGCUUUGAACAAAGUGAAUAUUACAAUGAUAUGUUGAAAUGUAACAACAAAGAUAUAAACAGUACAGACUUUAAAAAAGGAAAAGAGAAAAAAGAUAAUUUAAUUAAUUUCUUUCACAUGUAUUUAAUUAGAAAAUAUUGUGAAAAAAGUUUUUACAAAUGUGUACAUAGCAAAUUUAUACGUUCCAUAACCUACAAUUAUUUAGAAAAGAAAAAAUUUUACGAAUUCUUAGAUUCAAAUUUGUAUGUUCUCGAUAAUUAUUUAAAAAAAGUUUCCUCUAUGUUGUUAGAAGAAAAUGAAAAUUUGCAUUUCUCGCAAUUGUUGAAAAGAUGUAAUCAGGUUAUUAACGAAAUUUAUGAGGAGUUAUCCACACUGAGGGGGAGGAAGGAAGAAAUGAAAAAAGAUCAACCGUUGUAUGGUGAUGGAGAUGUUAAUUAUGUUCCUCACAGGAUCCUAAUUAAAUGUCUAAAUUUCAUGUGGAAGAAUAAUCUGGGAAGGAAUAGCGACAUGGAUAGGAUCAGCAUUCAUUUGAAGCAACUUUGUGUCUUAUACUCCUUCAUUUAUACAUACGCGAACGUCUUUUACAUUUGCUCUUUGUCUUUUAACAAGUUUAAGACAGAGUCAUACCUAAGGACUCUCUAUAGUGGCAUGAGCAGAGGCAUAAGUAGCGGUAUGAGUAGCGGUAUGAGUAGCGGUAUGAGCAGUAACAUGGACAAGGAGAGUGAGAAAGCCCUGGUCUUACAGCAUAAAUAUAUUUCCUUGUACACCCAUAAAAAUUUCCUGCAGCUGAACGAAGUUAUGCUUUACUUUUUAUCAAAGGAAAGACUGAUGUCAGAUAGAGGAACUACCAAUUGCACGUUUAAAGAUAUCAUUCAUGAUUUAAAUAUUAUAAAAUAUGGAACUACAUUACAGAAUAUGUUUUUUUCGGAAGUAUUUUACCAUAAUGAGAGAAACAAGAACUCACUAAUUGAGUUGUAUGAAAGAAUUGAGAAAAUUGAGGAAUAUAAAACAUUUUUAUCUCUUCCAUCAUUGGAAAGACGAACGGAAAUGCUUUCAAAUGAUCAGGUCAACAUGUCGAAUGGUGAUGGAAUGAAAAGAGAAGAACCCAUAGAACAUUCGUGCGGAAUGGAAAGAGAUAUAGUAACUAAUACAGAAUUGAUUCAUAGGAUUUUUGAGAGAGAUAUAUUUAACAUGGAGGAGAUAUCGUUUGGGAAUAACAUGAACCUGAAGAAGAACACAUCUUUUGAAAACACCAUAUGGAAUAAUGAGAAAAAUGAGGAAAAGAAAAAAAAGUUCACAAAGAUGCUGAAAGAAGAAAAUAAUUUCGAAUUUGUAAAAAGUUCCCUGAAGAAAGAUGAAAGAAAAGAAGAAAAACCAUUUACAUGUAUUAAUGAGUUUUUCUAUAUCGGUAUUGAUUUCGACAAGACAAUAAUAAAAAAGGAUUCAUAUUCAUCAUUUUUUAAAAUACUAGAAAAGAAUUAUUUUAAGUAUAAUAACAAAAGGAAAGAGCAUCCAGGGGUGAUGGCACUUACGCUAACAGAAGAAGAUAUAAGAUUUUUCGAUAAUUUCAAUUUUGAAAAAAUGAAAAAUAAACCUGCAUUUAUAACACUGGAGGAGAAGAUAGAAUAUAUACACAAAUUGAAUCAUUGGUUUGUAUUAAAAGAAAAGAAUAUAUUAAAAGAGUUGGAAAAAGAAAAGGAAAAAAAAUGCAAAGUAUAUUCAGAUUCUUAUUAUUACUACCUUAAUCUAGUUGACAAUGUACACAUAAAGUACUCUAUGCUCUUGGCAUACUAUGAUAUAUUUAAAGAUGUAGAUGUGGAUAUUUUAAAUAAUUUAAUAAGUGAAAAUUAUGAAAAAUUUGAAUUAAACGAUUAUUUUUUGGAAGUAUUUUUACAUUUAUUGAAUUACAAAAUGAUGAAUAAAUAUACAUUCUAUUUUGACAUUAUUACUCUCAACUUGAAAAAAAAAAUUUGCCUUUAUACAAUAAGAAACAAUUUGAUUAAACUGAAGAAUGUUGAACAUGAUAACAAAAAACGGGAUGCCUCUACACCCGUAGGGGUAGACGGUCCAGAUGGUGAUUCGAUAAAGUCGAUGCAAAGACAGAAAGGGGAGACCCUGUCGGGUCAAGGGGACGAAGGAACUCGACAAUCGAGUCAGAUAGAAUACUCAUUGGAAGACGAAGACUAUUAUGAAAUUUUCAAAAAAUAUUUCAACGUGUACUAUUCGAAAAUGCAUACAUACGAUAAGGAGAAGCGAAAGUACACGGGAAAUUUCGAGUACAAUAAGCUGAAGAUUAAGCAUGGUGAUUAUAAAGCUAGGAGAAGCAGCAGCCCUUGUAACGGUAGAAGUUGUAACGGUAGCAGCUGUAACGGUAGCAGCUGUAACAGUUGUAGUGGUAGCAGUGGUGGUGUCCCCAGACCGGACGAGAUUGAAAAGAUAUCACUGUGCUCAUUUUAUGAUAAAACUUUAGUUAAAACGAAAGUGUGCGGCCUGCUUAGCAACAUAAAUCACAAGUUGUCUGCUUUUAUUGGAGAUAGCUUAAUUGACUUAGAUGUGAUGCUGCAUUCAGACAUACCCAUCCUAGUUGGGCACAAUGAACUUCUCAUCAAAUUUUGUGAAAAACACAAUAUCGUUAUUAAACCGCUAGUUUUUGCCGCAGCAAAAAUUGAAUUACUUUGUCGCAAGAAAAAAUCAGAACAUUGCAAUCAGGAAAAUGAAAAUUCCAAUAAUGCUCUUGCUACAACAAACGGGCAAAAAUGCAUCGAAAAUAAAUUCACUCCCAUUACACGUCAGCGUGAUAAUGAACUAAAUGAAUUGUAUGAUGAAAAUGAAAAAGUUAUUUACUCCACUGAGAGUUGGUUAGAAAUUGGCAUUUUCUUCUUCGGAGAUAUUUGA